GCCGAAGCAGAAAACUUGCCGUUCGAUCAACUGUCCUUUCAGUUGGCCACUUGGUUAAGUCUUGGGUGCUAGCUGUACAACAUGAAGCUGAGUUUGCUCUUGUGUUUGCUUGGCAGUUUGGGAUCUGGAUGGGCUGUUCUAGUGGAAGACCUGGAAAAAAUCACACUGGAUUUUUUCCCUAACAACAGCAUGCUUUUAACAACCUACAUGAGCACCUACUUUCUUGUCAAUAUCCCAAAGUGUGUUACCACCGCAAAGUUUACUCCAGCCACAGUGAGAAUAGCUGUAGCUCAGCUUCCUGACUCGUCCACUUUGCCAGGUGUGACAGAUACUGAACAGAUUGAAAAUCUCCGUAAGACACCUCAAGCCACUCUUUAUUUUGCUGGUGAAUUCAAGAGUGUCUCCUGUGAAGUAACUAGGGACAUUGUGGUACUGGAUUUAGAUAACAGCCAAUAUGAGCUCAUGACAGUCGUAGGCUACCAGGUGGGAUCAGAAUUUUGCCGUCAAACUAAAGGUCCCUUCUGCAAUCAAGCCCUCAAGCCAUCCACAUUUUAUAGGGUGAACUACUUUUUCUUGGAUGGCAAGUCUACAAUAAGAGCUCAUACAGAUUGGUCAACAGCAAUACAGACCAAAAAUGUGACAAACUAUGAAACUGCUGAUGUGAUGUUUGAGCGAGCCGGAGGAAUGAUAGUAAUCACCAUUCUGGUCUCGGUUGGUGGGGCUGUCCUAGUGGUUGCCUUAAUUGUUGCAGUAGCUCUUUCAAAUAAGAAAUAGCGAGCAGGCAACUCAGCGCUUCCUUUCUUCUGGAACAGCGGCAACAACAGCUAUGAAUCAACUGCAGGAUUUUUCCAGAGAAUCAAAGAAUGUACUUUAGUAACAUGUUUUCAGUCAAAGAACAAGCAUUCUGAAGAAUGAGAGUAUCUUAAAAAUGUUUUGGGGUGGUUUUUUUUGGUAGAAUUUAACCUACAACGACUGCAGAAUUUAUGCUGUUUAUCUGGCCUCUUCCCACAGUAUGUUUUUAAAGUCUAUAUAUCUGAAAAUGAGAUUGUGGUUCCCUGUAUGUUCAUUGGUGACAAACCUUUGUUGUCGCCGCAUAAUGUAUGAAAUGCUGCUAAGAUGAGUCUGAAUCAUAAUAACAAUUUCAAUGUCUUUAGCGUGGGGAAUGGAAGUUCCAGAGAAUUAAGAGGAGGGAAAACUCUUAAAGUGACACCUUUAACUGGACCAACUUCUACAAAGGUGCAUAUGCAAAUUUUAAUGCUUUAUUCUUCAUUAUUCCUGCCUGCCUGAAAAAGAAUACAUCUGCAAAACCC